UUUCCCUGAAGGAGAGAGAGGAGGCUGGAGAGGCUGAAUUAACGAGUGCCUGUUUACCUGGGAAGAAACAAGACUGCCAGAGCCGUGCUGCAGAUAUCCUGCUGACAAUCCCUGAAGAUAUUAGUUCAGAAGACAAUACUGGAUGAUCCUUGUGAAAGAGAAGAUUCAACGAUGGAGCCUGUCCAUGUUAAAGAGGAGAGUCCUGUACUAGAAUCAGUCCAUAUUAAAAAGGAGAGUCCUGUACUAGAAUUAGUCCAUAUUAAAGAGGAGAGUCCUGUACUAGAAUCAGUCCAUAUUAAAAAGGAGAGUCCUGUACUAGAAUCAGUCCAUAUUAAAGAGGAGAGACCUGCACUAGAAUCAGUCCAUAUUAAAGAGGAGAGUCCUGCACUAGAAUCAGUCCAUAUUAAAGAGGAGAGUCCUGUACUAGAAUCAGUCCAUAUUAAAGAGGAGAGACCUGCACUAGAAUCAGUCCAUAUUAAAGAGGAGAGUCCUGCACUAGAAUCAGUCCAUAUUAAAGAGGAGAGUCCUGUACUAGAAUCAGUCCAUGUUAAAGAGGAGAGUCCCGUACUAGAAUCAGUCCAUAUUAAAGAGGAGAGUCCUGUACUAGAUUCAGUCCAUAUUAAAAGGGUUAUUCUCAAUUCUAAACCCUUAAGCAGCUUGCAGGGCUCUCUUCACUAUACUGGAUGUGGGGAGAGUUUUAAUCCUGAAGGAAACCUUGAAACAUCUCCUGGAAAGACUCUGCAUUGCCGUGCUGGAUGUGUGAAGACUUUCAGGGAGUCAGGAAUCCUGAACGGACAGCAGCAAACAGGCACUGGAAAGACUUCAUAUAACUGUCAUGAAUGCGGGGCAGAUUUCAGACACCACAGCACCGUGAAACACCACCUGCGAGUUCUGAAGGUACAGCUGGGUUAUCCUUGUGAAAGGCAGGAUUCAGAGAUGGAGCCUGUCCACAUUAAAGAGGAGCUUCCUGAACUAGACCCUGUCCAUGUUAAAGAGGAGGGUAACCAUUUUAAAACAAGCAGCUUGCAGGAGACUCUGUCCUGUACAGAAUGUGGAAAGCGUUUCAGACAGUUACAAAACCUGAAACGUCACCAGCGAAUCCACACAGGAGAGAAACGGCAUGUCUGUGUUGACUGUGGGAAGAGUUUCCAUCAGUCAAGCAACUUGAAAAGACACCAGAUAAUUCACACUGGAGAGAAACCAUAUCCAUGUAGUAAAUGUGGGAAAAGUUUCAAUCAGUUAGCAAUUCUCAAAAAACACCAGUUUGUUCACACUGGAGAGAAACCAAAUGUCUGUGUUGACUGUGGAAAGAGUUUUGUGAGAUUAGGACAUCUUAAAGAUCACCAGCGAAUUCACACAGGAGAGAAACGACAUGUCUGUGCUGACUGUGGGAAGAGUUUCAGUCAGUCAGGCAACUUGAAAAUUCACCAGCGAAUCCACACUGGAGAGAAACUAUAUGUCUGCGCAGACUGUGGGAAGAGUUUCAGUCAGUUACAAAGCCUGAUAUUUCACCAGCAAAUCCACACAGGAGAGAAACCACAUGUCUGCGCAGACUGUGGGAAGAGUUUCAGUCAGUUACAAAGCCUGAAACUUCACCAACGAAUCCACACAGGAGAGAAACGAUAUGUCUGUGCUGACUGUGGGAAGAGUUUCUCUCAUUCAGGCAACUUGAGAAGACACCAGCGAAUUCACACAGGAGAGAAGCCGCAUGUGUGUAGUAAAUGUGGGAAGAGUUUCAAUCAGUUAGCACAUCUUAAAAACCACCAGUUAAUUCACGGGAGAGAAACCACGUCACUGUAAUGACUGUGGGAAGAGUUUCAGAUGGAUAUAUGGCUUAAACAUGCACCAGCGAAUCCAUACAGUAAAGAAAUCACAUCACUUAUGACUGUGUGAAGAGUUUCAGAUGGAUAGAAGGUUUACAAGUGCACCAGCGAUUCCACGCAGGAGAGAACCCUUAUCACUGCCCUCACUGUGGGAAGUCUUUUACUGCCUCCAGUUCUCUUGAUAGACACAAAUGCAAGUUGUGAAAGUUUAGGCAGAUUGUGAGUACGUGUACACCCAUACUCAGAAAUUAUUUUUUAAACAGCAGCUUAAUACAAGAACUGUGAGAACUCUGGUGAAUGUCUACAGAUGAUGCAGAUCCCUCAAUAUUAAACACACUGUUCUGAAGCCAUCACAUUAUAAAGUACAUUCCUAUAAGUUUCGUAGGAUUAAUAUAAUUAUAGCUUCUGAUUUUCGGUUUUAGCUGAUAAAACACCCCUGUUGUCUUUCCAACUAAUAUCUGUUUAACUCUUCCUUUACAUAAUAAACUGCAUUGGAAUGAAGAGAUCAAACUGUUUUAAUCAGAAAGAAGGGUUUCUAUUAGCAUGAUUAGUAAGCUGUGUGUUAAUUGUGUUCAGAUGAACUUCAAGAGUGAGAGAAAUAAUCUGAGUAAACCCGAUCUGUGUGACACUGAAUUCAUUUCAUGAAGUGUCUGAAGAGACACGAAGACUCUGCCAGUGUAUUUUGUGAGGGACACCAAUUACAAAACACUGGCCUUGUUUUAUUAUUACGUUUCAGUUCUAUUGUAACGUUAUGCUUGAGUUUUUAAAAGUUGUAUUUAACUUCCAGUGACACAUUAACCCAGAAUAUGAAAGAGAAGGAGUCGCUGCAGUAAAUAUCGAUGCAUGACAUCUGUGUCAAAGAACAGGAAAGCAUCUAAACAAUAGCGUCCAAUGCAGAACGGAAUGUGGGGAUUUGAAACUAAUAAAUGUUAAACAUUGUUAAGAUUUGAAACAU